GCUCUGAGCCACCGACCCUAACGAACACCAUCAGGAGCGCCUGUUCCUCCCCCUACACACACGGAGAGAAAUGUACGUACGAGUGCACUACAGGGUUCACGCAAGCCUCUGGCAGCAGCGAAAAGACCUGCAAUGAUGGACAAUGGACUGGAAUCGACCUCGUCUGUGACUCAGCUCACGCUGCUGACCCAAACAUUGCAUCAGGAAGAGCUGCGUUUCAGUCUAGUGUUGACUCCAUGGGAUCCCCCGGUCUAGCUGUCGACGGAAACAGAAGUCCCCAAAGGGCAAGCAGGUUUUGCACAAAAACAUCUCAAGAAGACGACCCAUAUUGGUAUGUUGAUUUGGGAUAUUCGGUCACUGUCGACCACGUCACCAUCGUCAACCGUCAAGACUCUUUGAUUGAGAAGAUCACGCCCUUCGACCUCCACGUUGGGGACAGCACUGACGUGACUAGGAACCCGAUGUGCGGCGGGCAUCAUCGCUUCUGCCUGACAGAUACCGAGCAUGUUGUCCGCUGCGGCGGGAUGAGCGGCAGGUACGUGGGCAUCAGACUCCCGGGGAAGAAGCGAACCCUAUCGCUGUGCGAAGUGGAGGUUUAUGCAGCUACAAAUAUAGCUUGGGGAAAACCAACUGUUCAGUCAGACGUCGCAUUUAACGGGGUUGCCUCCCGAGCGACUGACGGUUGUAGGGACCCGGACUGGAAUAGCGCGUGCUGCACGUCCACUCCGGCGCAGUCGAACCCUUGGUUGCGAGUAGACCUUGGUACCGAAGUCAGUGUCCGGUGGGUGGUCAUCAUCAACCGCCAGGACAGGACAGGAAGGCGACUUAACCGCUUCGAGCUCUACAUUGGAAACGAAGAACGCGUAAAACGGAACCAACCCUGCGGCAGUGUUAUUUACAUCCCCACUAAUAAGAAUAAGAUUGCCACCAACUGUAACGGGCAAAGAGGGCGAUAUGUGGGGAUCUUUCUGCCUGGCAACAGCCGUACCUUGUCACUCUGUGAAGUUGAAGUUUAUGAAGGUACGGUGACCAGAAAGAGGACCUCUGAAGUGCGUGGUACCGAGGGCCAGGAUUGUGGAGAACAUCAGGCAGGAGACACCUGGUUAUCUGAUGACGGUGAAGAGAACUGCAUCUGUGAGAUGAAUCAAACAGUGUGCUACGAGGUGAUAUGUGGAGAGGAGGGACAAGACAAGCCAUUCCAGGGAAAAGGCGGACUGUGGACCUGUCCGGAGCCGGCAGCUGAGGAAGAGGAAUCCGGUACGGUUACCGGAAAGAGGACCUCUGAAGUGCGUGGUACCGAGGGCCAGGAUUGUGGAGAACAUCAGCAAGGAGACACCUGGUUAUCUGAUGACGGUGAAGAGAACUGCAUCUGUGAGAUGAAUCAAACAGUGUGCUACGAGGUGAUAUGUGGAGAGAGUGGUGAAGACAAGCCAUUCCUGGGAAAAGACGGACUGUGGACCUGUCCGGAGCCGGCCGCUGAGGAAGAGGAAUCCGGCUAAAUUCCAAGCUGAUAAGAGCCAGCACUGUUCAUCACUUGAAGCGCUCAGCAACUGAUGGAACUUUCCAAUGAGAGUCAACCUGGUGUGCCUUACGAGGGUAGUUUAAUUAGGAUUUCGCCUGCCUCCUUCUGGUUAUUGUAGAAGACCUAAAUUUCAAACGUACAGAUAUCCAUAAAAUGCCAUACACUUAUUCUUAUUUUGGAACUUCCGAAAGUUUCUAUCAGGGUCCCCAAUAUACGAGGUGCGUAAAAUGUGCUUUUAAAGACUAAUUUCACCAUGACCAACAGCAAUUAAAGUUUUGCACACUUAUUACCUAAUGAUAUGCAACAAGUGUCGUUAUCUUAUAUGUCGAAUACAUCAAACAAUAACCAGAAGUUAUAGGCCAGGAGAAUUUUUAUUGAAAAGCUUUAUACCUAUCAUUUACUUUUUCCGAAUAACUCUCUAGUCCCUUUUUCCUGCACUAUAUGGACGCUAUUUGCAACAGCUAGUUUUCUGUGACCUACGUCAAAUCUACGUUGUCUCAACAGAUACUUGCCGUCUUUCAUCCCUCCUCUAUCAAGUAUCGUAAUGGUGAUCUUUUUUAUCUUCUUAACUUAACUAAAGCUGUUCAUUUGGUGCCUUCAGUGUAUCUGACACUCAAUUUUAAAUUUCUUGCACACUUCUAUACCCUUCUGUAUCAAGUAUCAUAAUGGUCAUCUUUUCUGAUCUUCUAAACUAGAGGUGGCUGCUCAUUUGGUGCCUUCUGUGUGUCUCCUACUCCAUUUUCGUGCGCACUAAUGUACCCUUCUUUAUCAAGUAUCGUUAUUGAAAUCUUUUCUGAUUUUCUAAACUAGAGGCUGCUCAUUUGGUGCCUUCUGUGUAUCUCAUACUCCAUUUUCUUGCACACUACUGUACCCUCCUUUAUUAAGUAUCAUUAUUGUAAUCUUUUCUGAUCUUCUAAACUAGAGGCUGCUCAUUUGGUGCCUUCUGUGCAUCUCAUACUCCAUUUUCUUGCACACUACUGUACCCUCCUUUAUUAAGUAUCAUAAUGGUGAUGAUUUCUGAUCAUCUAAACUAGACGCUGUUCAUUUGAUGCCUUCGGUGUAUCUCAUAUUUCAUUUUCUUGCACACUACUGUACCUCUACUGCGGGAGUAUGGAGAUACAUUACUUACAUUAUAUGUUUUAAAACAUAUCUUCUAAAUUAGUUAGCAGUGUCGACAGCAGUGAGGUUGAAAGUGACGUUUUCAAAUAAAAGGAAACGUUCAGUGUUUAGAGUCGUAAAUGUAAGUGUUCGAGGUCUUGGAGAAGAGACAUCAUCUAGAAUAAGAGCGGGUCUAAACAUUCGAGUUCAGUUGUGCAUUGAAAAAGAAAACAAAACCUUUGUCACGAUACCAGUAAUUUAGUUUUAACUACAUUACGGGUAAAUCAAUGCUGAAAACUAUCAAAAAUUAGUUUUAAUAUCUACAGAAUAGUAGAUUUUGGUCGACAUUCCAACAAUCUCAAAUUGCGUCAUUGAAGAAACGUUUCGCCUGCAUCAAACAAUAUUAAGUUAGCAUCUUACUUUGAAACAAAACUAAAUUGGCUACAAUGAUAAGCCUUUUCAUAAAUACUUUCUAACUUGUCUAACAUUGCACAAUUUACUCCCACAAGACAAGACAAUACACCUUUCUUACACGGCAGUCAUGAUAGAUCGAAAACGAGGUCAAUGAGGCAAACAGACAAAACGUAUUUCUAAAUUUUAGCUCAAAUUUAGUUAUCCCAAAAAACAGACAGAUUUUCACAUUAUAGGAUCAAAUACUAAAUAUCAUAACUAGCGUUAUGCAUCAAAAGUUGUAGCACUUUAGAGUAGCUUCCCUAAAAAGAUGCAUAAUAAAAACAUAAUAAUGCAGACAUUUGACAGACAUGCAGGCAUUCUCUGUUUGGUUGAUUUCCUAAUUGCCCUGCUACCAUUGGUUGCCCUGCUACCAUUGGUUGAACUGCUUAUUAUGAUGGGCAGUCUUUUGUUUUCCACAUUGGCCUCGGUUUAGAUCUAUCAUGGCCGUCGCGUGAGAAAGGUGUAUAUCGAGGUCUGAUGAAAGGAUAGAGAGAGGUCAUGACCUGUUGUCGUUACAAAAAAAAA